AUGGCCAUUGUCUCAUUUUUCCCCCCAGAGCUCUUGACUAUCAUUUUUAAAGAAUGUAUAGCGGACACUAUUUUAUCAACCAAUGACGACCCAGCCACACGGACCGCAAUUGCGUUCUCUCAAGUAUGCUCUUGGUGGAGACAGGUCGCGAGCAUUCCAAACCUGUGGAUACGACUUCGUAUCGAUAUUUGCGAAGGGUGCAGGAACCCUCUUUCCUCGAUUUUGGAAACUUGGCUGGGAAAGUCUCAAGGCUUGCCACUCAAUAUUAAGCUUCGCAUUGGACGAGAUUCCGGGGCGGACUUUGACCCUAUUCGACGUCUUAUGAAGGAAAUAUCUCGCUGGAAGACUCUGCGGAUAUACGCCGAGACCUCUAGAUUACUCUCUUAUUUCUUGAAUAAGAUUGAACCUGCACCUGCACUGGAAACAGUGUAUGUAACCGUACGGCAAAGUGGAUCUUGGUGGCAUUAUCAACAUCCUCUUGAUAGGUUGGAGCAGCUCAGAAACCGCUUCGCAGGAUCCCCACGCCUAUGUUGGAUUGGCAUUGACCGGAAUGUCAUCGCAACCACUGAAACGAUCCCUUUACGUGGAUCGAUAUUCCAUUUAUCUCUGGAAUACACUGCAGAGAAAUACACAAUGGUUCAAUCGACCGGCGCUUUGGUAGAACUUCUGCAAGAGCUCCCUCAACUUAAAUCUCUCAACAUAAAUAUCCCGUUUUUCGACAAAGAAAGCAUUGGCACACCUCAUGUUGACAUGAUGAACCUGACGAAACUACUUUUGGAGGGUGCAGACAAUGUCUUUGCGUUCCUUCCUCGAAUUCGUGCCCCUAACCUCACAAAUCUCACUAUCUCUCGUUCUGGAGACAGCUUGUCCAGGAACCCGCUUCUAGCCAAAUCAAUUCUCGACUUUCUCAAGGCUUCUCAUUCACCUCCUCCAAUCUAUUCCCUGGAGCUUUAUAACGUUCCAGAAAUCACCGACCAAGACUUCACUCGUAUUUUUGCUCUUCUACCUUCACUCGAAAAGCUUGUCAUCCACAAUAGCUCGAUAUCCGAUGCGACUGUGCAGGAGUUGAUCUUGUGCGAAUCGAAUGUAGAUGGCCUGCGUCGAUGCUUGAAACGACUGGAGUUGUGCGUCUGCGAGAAUGUGCACGAGCAAAAUAUUUCUAGCGCUGUUCGCAGUAGGAUCUCGAGGGGCGCUCAUAGAAGCGAGGCGGAGGCUAUCGUUCGCCAGUCGAUGCUCCAGUACAAACAAGAAGUCGAAACGAUAGACAGAGAGAUCGACAAUCACAAUCAAGCAAUUCAACUGUUACUUCUACUCAAAGAGAAACGCCUGGCAGAUAUUCAGGUAUGCAAAGAACGGUUGGCUCUUGCUAGCCGUCUACCUACAGAAGUAUUGGUUCAUAUAUUCGAAGAAUAUGUCCUGGACGAUAUGCUGGAUGUACAAUCGCUCAAACGAGGCCCUUUGGUUUUGUCUCAUGUUUGCUGUAGGUGGAGGCGCGUAGCCAGCCUACCAGCGCUUUGGUCAUACAUACACGGCGACCUCCUCAUCACAUCACACCCAAAAGAGCUGAUCCAGAUGUGGCUUAAUAAGUCUCAUCCCACACCUCUUACUAUCAACAUAAUGCUCCUUAGUCACCUAAAAGGCUUUGUUCUCCAUCCAGCGAUGGGGGCUAUCCUUGAUGAAAUGCCACGUUGGAAACAUUUGAGGCUCAAGGGGCGCAACCCAGGUAUCAUCAACGCGUUUCUGGCCGCCUGCGUCAAGCCUGCUCCUCAGUUACGCACAAUAGAUUUGACUGUCGAGCACACAAUAGACCCAGGAGAGCAGUGGCAGGUUACUAACAUACAAAAGGCUUUCAUGUGGUCACCUCAGAUUAAAUCAAUACGUAUAGGAGGUCACGUUGUUCCAGUAUCCGAUUCACUCCCAACCUCACUCACACAUUUCAUUUUGGUGCUUCCGUACCAGAUUUUCUCUCACCCUCAAUAUUAUCAGUCCCUCUUGAGCUUGGUGACUCUCCUCAAAACACUUCCCAAUCUUCAAACGCUCACUGUUGAAGUCCCUCUCUCAUAUCUUACAGAUUUCUUAUUAGAUGCAGACCAUAUGAAACCGAUCGAAUUGGUUAAUCUGACGUCUUUAACAUUAUCUGGGCCCGGAGACAUUGUUGGUCUUUUACCUCGCAUAAGGGCCCCAUCACUUCAACGUCUUACUGUCUCUGGGUCAAUUGCUGCGGCUGUCAACGCAAACACAGGCCAAUGGCUUCUUCACCUCUUGCAGGAUUCAUCUCCCCCUUUAUCCCAUCUAGCGCUGGUUGACCUGACUAUUGAUGACACGACAUCGUUGGAGAUGUUGCGGAAUGUGAAGUGA